AGGAGUCACCACCGUCGUCGUUCCCCCUCCCCGUGGCAAGUGCUGCAAGUCGCACGGAUAGAAGCGUACAUGUGCAUGCGGAUGUGAGAGAGGGUGGGAAAUAUUCCGAGGAGAAGAGAGGAGGGAAGGGGAGGGAAGGACACGGGACCGCGGGGGUCUCUUCCACGCAGAAUCCAAAAACCUCUCGGCCUAUAUCGUGGACGGGGACGGGGAGUUGGGAAGGCAAAAGAAGAGGGACGACGAGCUAGAGACCCCAUCCCAUAAAUCCCUGGCAUCGGGACGGGCCACGACUCCCGUCUGUCUGUCCCUCGACCGUCGAAGUCCUUCCGAUCGUGUGCAAUCGUCGUGCAUCGACGUCUUCGUCGGAGGAGGAAGAUGCAAGAGCGCGGGUGUGCAUGAUGAGUUCGUAUCAGUUCGUGAAUUCCCUGGCCGGUUGCUACCGGGGCCAGGAGCAAGACUAUUUCGGGGCCGGGAACAAUUAUGCCUCGUGCUAUUCCCCGAGCCAAGUGUACCCGUUCAGCACGGGGUCGGGCCUGGCGGCAUCGUUGACGGGACAACCGAACGGGAGCGAUCCCGCCGGCUCCACGUACGCCGCGGCGAGUGUCACGCCUCCGGGCCCCGUCUCCGUCUCUCGGUCCAUGGGACUGCAGAAUCCCAGCGUCUCGCCCCCGAUCGCGAACCCGGCUCCCAGCUGCAAGUUCGCGGAAACGGGGAGCCCCCAGGACCUGAGCACGGCGAAUUCCGCGUCGGCGGAACCCGCCGCCUCCCGGAACACCAGUUCCUCCAAUAGUCAUAAUAACACUUCGACGACGAACACCAACAGUGCGUCGUCCAACGCCUCCGCCGCCAACGGCAACAACACCACGUCGUCCUCCGCCUCGUCCGGCUCGGCGGCCAACACCGGCAACGGCGCCAACAGCAACGGCAGCAACAGCAGCACCAACACCAAAGGAAGCGCAGCUCAAGCCCCGCACAUCUACCCCUGGAUGAAACGCGUUCAUCUCGGCCAAACACGAGGGGUGGGGAAUGGAGAGAACCCCCCUCCCCCUCCCCCUCCUCCUCCCCCUCCUCCUCCCCCUCCACCCCUCCACCUCCCUCGUAUCCGCCCCGUAUUGCACAAGAGAGGGAAGGAGAAAAGAGGAGCAGAGGACGAGGUCCAUUGA